AUGCCAAUCGAUGAUUUUGUGCACAUGAUGGAGUUCCUGAACAGAUGGGUCGUCAAGAGCGAAUCUGCAGGAUAUUCGUCGUUUGUGAAUGACGCGAUCAAGCAGGUCUAUGAGGCCAUUGUCGCAAUGGAUAUGGAUCUCACAGAGACCUUCAAGAUGUUUGACAAAGACGGCGACGGUACCGUAGACAUCAAGGAAGCUAAGCAGGUUCUCGAGAAGUUCGAUCUGGGCUUAUCGUCUUCACAGAUUGAUCGCCUGCUUGGCCAGCUUUUUGCUGCGUCGGUUGUUGCAGCUGAUUCAGUGCGGCUUUCCGUGCAGGAGUUCCUCGGGCACUUCACCACUGUCUACUCUGCCACAAACAAUGCUGACCUGCCCAGAUGGGUUCUGGAUACACUGGGGCAGAUCGGGCGGCUCAUUAUCAAGACAAAGGCACCUAGUGCAGGCGAGGGCGACUCUGGGGAUGCUACAAAAAUGUCCCAAGUCUUCCAAGAGAUCGACACCUCCGGCGAUGGAAUUCUGCAGUUGGAUGAGUUUGUGGCCGGCAUUGAGAAGUUGCCGGGGUUGGACAAGCUGACUGUUGAUGGCGAGCGUCUUUCGCACGAUAAGCUUGUGGAGAUUUCCAAGAUCCUGGAUGUGACGCAAGAUGGCACUUUAAACUACUUGGAAUUCCAACAGGCUUUUCAACUCAAAGGUCAGGGCACAGCUGACUUGGAGAACAGUCUGGUGGAGGACCUCACCACACUGCUUUUCCGUUAUCGAGUUCACAUCCGGACAGGGUGCCAGUUUCUCGACGAGGUAGACAGCUGCAAAGUGCUGAAUGAGGACUUUGAGAAUGUGCUUCGUGGCGUGAACAAUGCGCUGCAUUCGAACGAACAAGGAAUUUCAGAGUCGCAAAUCAAGCACCUGUCGUCUGCUCUGACGGUGGAGGAUGAGGAAGGCCCCAUUGUGGGCUAUGAUGCCUUUCUGAGGUCUUUCGUCGUUGUGGACACAACAGACGGCAGUGUGAUCAAGUCGUUUCACUGA